AUGUCAUUUUAGCUUCCCCCAGUGAACCCGGCUUUUCCAGAGUAGCUGGGGUGGCGGUAGGAAGGAGGGAGAGGGGAUGUGUGUGUAUCUGGACGUAUCUCUCUCCUCACCCCACAGCACUGCCUCCUUCUUGAGUCUUCUCCAGUAUGAGCAGAGGAUGAUGCCUUCACUGUUCAUCCCUAUCUCUGUUAUUAGCACAGGACAGUUACUUCUGAGCAGAGCCCUUCUGCGGACUCCAGCUUUUCUGAUCUAGUCCAAGGUCCCCGCCCAUCUUUUUCAGAAGUCCCUCCAUAGAAAGCUGCUCUCCCCGAACCCCCCUCCCCCCUCCAGCCCUCACGUAUGGUCUCCAUAUCCCUCUACUCUCCUGCUUCUGACGGCCCAUCUUUUUCAUUUAUGCCCCAUCUCUUUUCUAAGACGCGUCAAUGAAAGAAUACGACCCUUUAAUAGUCUACCCUGGUUUCCCCAGGACUUGAGGUUAGGGCUUAGGGGAUGGGGAAGGAGGGUUUUAGCUCGGGCUCCCGCCCCCUCUGUACCAGGCUUUCGCUUUCACUUCCCGUGGACCGGGAGGGCCAGUCCGUGAACAGAGUGGGAAGAGGGAACAUCAUGGCGCUACUCCAAGUGUGCGGGGCUCCCUGGGGGCGGCAGGGGACUGGACAUCGCCAAGAUCCCGGGCACUACAGCUUCUCCCUUCGGACCCCGGAACUGGCCGUUCCUCGAGGGAUGCAGCCUCCUGAAUUCCUUCGUUCUCUGGAGGCAGACCCAGCCCAGCAAGUCAGGAUUGAGAUGGCCCAUGGUACCACCACGCUAGCCUUCAAAUUCCAGCAUGGUGUGAUUGUGGCAGUGGAUUCCCGGGCCUCAGCAGGGAGUUAUAUUGCCACUCUGCAUGUGAACAAAGUAAUUGAGAUUAAUCCUUAUCUUCUGGGCACCAUGUCAGGCUGUGCAGCUGACUGUCAAUACUGGGAGCGUCUCUUAGCCAAAGAGUGUCGGUUGUACCGCCUUCGGAAUGGGGAACGCAUUUCUGUAUCUGCUGCUUCCAAGCUGCUGUCCAAUAUGAUGUGUCAAUACCGAGGCAUGGGGCUGUCCAUGGGCAGUAUGAUCUGUGGUUGGGACAAAAAGGGCCCUGGAUUGUAUUAUGUGGAUGAAAAUGGGACAAGACUGUCAGGGACUAUGUUUUCUACAGGCAGUGGAAAUAGUUAUGCCUAUGGUGUUAUGGACAGUGGCUACCGACCUGACCUUAGCCCUGAGGAAGCUUAUGACCUUGGCCGUCGGGCCAUCGUCCAUGCCACCCACCGGGACAGCUACUCUGGAGGGUUUGUCAAUAUGUACCACAUGAAGGAAGAUGGCUGGGUGAAGGUGGAGAGUUCAGAUGUCUCUAACCUUUUCCAUAAGUACUUGGAGACUCGAGGGUGAGCUUGGAGCCUACAAUAUUGAGCAUAUUGGGAAGACUCAGGAAACUGAGCCAGCUGAGCCUCCUGAAUUAGAGAAAAGGGUUCCCGAGAAGAAGGAAAUGCAGCUGCUUGGCCCCAGCAGGGACAAAACAAGUUUGAGGAACAAUUCAAUUUUCCAUUGAUUUCCUAAUUUUGUAGUGUUUUCUGUGCUUAUUGUAAUGUAACUGUAAUGAGUAAAAUAAAAUAAAAGCUCAGAAAAGGA